UGGCUCACAGUCAUCCGCUGGUGGCUGCAAGAGCAUGGGCGCCCUUUGUGUUAAAUCCAUGGCUGGCGACGAUGCUGCCGAUUGGAAAGGGGCCGGUGGGCAUCACAUGCCUGCUGUGUUUGUCAAUCACGGUGGCGGGCCAAUGCCGAUUCUUGGGAAGCAGCCAGGGAUAGCCAAAUUCUUUCAGAGCUACCCAGCCACUUUGCCGACCACACCGUCAGCCAUUUUGAUCGUUACGGCCCACUGGGAAACCGAGAGGCAGCUGAAAGUAUCUGGUGCGAAGUCUCACAAGUUGUACUUCGACUAUGGGGGCUUCCCGAAGGAGAGUUACGAAUAUGAGUAUCCAGCACCUGGAAGCCCUGGUUUGGCCAACCGCGUUAUCUCUUUGCUGUCUGCGAAAGGCUUGAAGUGUACAGCUGAUCUUUCCAGAGGUUGGGACCAUGGGGUCUUUGUGCCGUUGAUGCUCAUGUUCCCCGGUGCAUCGGUGCCAGUGGUGUCCCUGUCCCUAUACGGCAGCCAAGAUGCCACCGAACAUAUGGAAGCUGGGGAUUCAUUGAGGAGCUUUGUCGGAAGCAUGGUCAGCUUCGUCGGAAGCAUGGUCAUUUGCUCGUCUUCUUCUUGUGGAUGCAUCACAUAACAUUUUGGCCGCACGAGAUCCUACUGUGAGAGACAGAGGAAUCAAGCAUUCUGAGAACUUUCAUGCUUGGUUGGCAGACACUGUGCAGUCGGAGAAGAUCAGCCAAGAGGUGGGUAUUGUGUUUGGUGGUUUGCCACCAUAAGGCUGCGAAGAAGCGGCCGCCCGGAAGGGAUUUCCAGAUUUCUUUUGUGACGCGGCAUUUGUACAGGGGUAUCAAAAGCAUCCAUAUGUUUGAAGCAGAAGUGUCUUGGAACAAUUCGCGCAUCAUCCACCGAGCACGGACAUGUGCGUAUAUAGAUUUUCUGAUCCAGUCAAAGUUCUAUAUGUCCCAGCUGCUCUUUGCUCAGAUGGCCAUUCAAGGCUUCUCCAAGUUUGGCAGCCUGAAGGAACCUGUUAAACAAUAUAUUGCUAAAUGAUUAUCCUUGCAAUUUCUUGAGAUUGGAGUCGCCUUUGGUACAGGAGCGGAAGCGUCGUCUCAGCUCUUGGUUGGAGGCCCCUAGCGCCUUAGAGGCUCAGCCCCGAGGCCAAGCAGAGCAUUUGAUGCCCCUCUUUGUGGUGCUCGGGGCGGCGGGCUAUGCACCUGGGCGGUUGUUGAAUGCAGAUGCUGACCAAGCUCCACAGUCGUUCUAUGUUAGUGAGUUUGAGUUUCCGUAGUCCAAGCCCGUGCUCUGCCUGAAAGAUCCCCGAAGGGGAUCACCAGGAGAGGCAGCUGCCACAGCUCAGAAUGUGAA